CUCAAACUGCCAGCCUGCACACACUCAGCCAACAACACACACACCCUCCCCCUGACCAGGAAACGAAACCGAACUCCAGCUCAACACCGGCGUGUGUGAGUGUGUGUAGCCAAGGCCCGGUGCUGCUGUGGCCUAAUGGCAGCUUUGAGGAGCGGACCAGGAGCGACAGGACCCCGGCGGAGAGGACUCCCUGCAGCGGCCACCCUCCUCACGGUGCUGCUCACCUGCUGCGUCAGGUGCUCUGCACAGACCGACAAACCGAGCAACAUCAUCCUCAUCCUCGCCGACGAUCAGGAUGUUCAUCUGGGGGGGAUGACCCCCAUGAAGAAAACUAAAGCCUUAAUAGGAGAAGCAGGAGCAACAUUUGUGAAUGCUUUCACCGUCACGCCGCUGUGCUGCCCCAGCAGGAGCAGCAUUCUGACCGGUCAGUACCCCCACAACCACGAGGUGAGGAACAACUCACUGUCAGGGAACUGCUCCAGCAUUCAGUGGCAGAAAGGCCCCGAGUCCACGGCCUUCCCCAUCUACCUCAACAAGCAGAAGUACCAGACGUUCUUCGCUGGGAAAUAUCUCAACCAGUAUGGUAAAAAAGACGAAGGAGAGGUUGGUCAUGUUCCACCGGGCUGGGACCAGUGGCAUGCAUUGGUGGGGAACUCGCAGUACUAUAACUACACACUGUCAGUCAACGGCAAAGAGGAAAAGCAUGCAGACAGUUAUGAACAGGACUACUUCACCGACCUGAUCACGAACCGGUCGCUUCACUUCCUGGAUGACAGGAGCCCUCAGCAUCCCUUCUUCCUGAUGCUUUCCCCCCCCGCGCCUCACUCCCCCUGGAUGGCAGCCCCGCAGUACCAGAAGGAGUUCAGCGACGUUAAAGCUCCUCGAGGCGGGAGCUUUGACAAACCAGGGAAGGACAAACACUGGCUGCUGCGUCAGCCUGUCAGCCCCAUGCCCAAAACCUCCCUCACCUUCCUGGAUAAUGCGUAUAGGAAGAGAUGGCAGACCCUGUUAUCUGUGGACGACAUGGUGGAGCUGCUGGUGAAGAAACUUGAAAGCAUAAAGGAACUGGACAACACCUACAUCAUCUACACCUCUGAUAACGGAUACCACACAGGUCAGUUCUCUUUGCCCAUUGACAAGAGGCAGCUGUAUGAAUUUGACAUCCGGGUCCCACUCAUGGUCCGCGGUCCUGGCAUCAAACCCAACCAGACACUGCAGGCUCCAGUGCUGAAUAUUGACCUGGCUCCCACCAUUCUGGACAUAUCUGGUGUCAACCUGACAACUCUGAAUGUGGAUGGGCAGUCGUUCCUCUCUCAGAUGGCCCCAACGCUGCGUAAUGGCACUGCACGCCCCUUUUUCCUUGUUGAAUACACCGGAGAGGGACAUGAAAAAACUGACCCCGCUUGUCCUAAACUGGGCCCUGGACUUUCUCAAUGUUUCCCGGACUGCGUGUGUGAAGACGCCUACAACAACACCUACGCCUGUGUCAGGACCCUCGACAAGGGACACGACCUGCAGUACUGCGAGUUCGCAGACAGCGAGUCAUUUGUAGAAGUGUACAACCUGACGUCAGACCCCCACCAGCUGGUGAACAUCGUGAAGUCGGUGGACCCGACCGUCCUGCAGGCGAUGAACCAGCGGCUCAUAAAGCUCCAGUCCUGUCAGGGCGACAGCUGCCGGGACGUCAAGUAAAGCAGAGUCAGCGCUCUGUCAAAGCUGCUUCAUGCCCUCAGUGGAAGACGGGUUGGUUUAUCUGACUGUUUUCCCGAAUUUUACCACAAGUAUGAUAGCUGGAUCGGGCUUUUUAAUGACCAUGUUUCUUGUGUUGUGACAUGUCUCCGUAGGAAAAGCACUGGUGUUAAUAAUAAAAAGGAAGGAUGGCUGGAUUCUAUUUAGCUGCUUCAGUUUCAGGGUCCUGGUAUUGUGCACUGUCACUCUGUCAUGGUUUACUGGGACAUUUGAAUAGAAAAAAGCCAUUGUUAAAGGAAAUGUGUUUUGGGAAAUUAGCUUUCUUGCUGAGAGUUAUAUUCUGAAUAUCCUUUGAAGUCAUGGGCUAGAUAAAUAAUAAAGCUACAGUUAGCAGGUGGUAAGCUUAGGCUGGGAAACGGCUAGCCCGGAUCUACCUUUACCUCUAAAGCUCAAUACUUAGAAUUGUACAUCUUUCUAAGACCGAAGUGCCAGUGCCUAUUUCUUGGUUGGGAAGAAAGAAAUCGUCCUUAAAGUAAUACAGAUAGUGCUUGCACAACUACAAGGGUUUUUUUUGUUGCAUAUUUCCCAAAUGUUUCCUUUUAAAUGUAUUCCUAACACCUGUGUUUUUCUUACAAUGACAUGCCAAAAUGUGUGCAAUGAAAAUGUUCCGUCUGUUUUUUUCCCGAGCUGUGCUCAUACAUCUCGCAUUAAGUUUACUAUAUGUUAUUUUAAGAUAACUCCUUACCCAGUUUAUAUAGUGCAGAUCUGCAGUCCAGUCAGUCAGUCCUUCUUGUUCUGCAUCUCUACGUAUGAACGGAAUAAAACGCUUUUUAAUGAUUUUUACCAUUAUUCAAGGUUCAAAUGCCAAACUAAAAUGUGUGUUCAAAUGACACAUAACCAAAUAUUCACUUGUACACUGUGGAUGUCAUGUAUUCAAUCAUCUCUAAGGGAAUAGUUUGAUAUGUUAGGAGUGGGAAAUGAGAAGAUUGAUGCCACUCAUAUGUCCGUCUGUCCAUAAAAAGCAGAUGGUAAACUCACUUGGCACAAUAAAGACAUUUGGAAAUAGGGGAAACAACUAGUCUGGUGCUGUUCAAAGGUAAACAAAAUCCACCUAGCUGCAGCUCUAUAGCUCACCAAUCAAAAUGUCAUAUAUUGUUUGGUUAAUUCAGAUAAAAACUUUGCAAAUUGCAACUUUAUCAAGGAAUGCGGGACUGUUUCUUGAGUCCCUGAAUUUAGCUUGGAAGGAAAUAGACCAACUGAAGGAAAAAAAACAAUAAAACUACUAUUUGUCGUUUUGACAGGUCAGUUUGUGUAUAAAUUAAACAAACAAUUUUAAACUUUAAUGGUCAUGCUACAUUUAUUUGGUUACCCUUGCACAGAGCCAGGCUUGCUGUUUCCAGUCCUUUUGCUGCUGGCGUUAUCUUCAUUUUUAUCGUGAAGACCUUCUAUUCAAACACUUUGCAAUAUUACCUAUGCAUGGUAAAGCUCUUUUCUGAAUAUUUUUAACUCAUACUUUUAUAUCUAUUCAGCAGUACUUGAGUUCUGACACAAAGGCUUUUUUAAUUGGACAUCGGGAUGUGUUGGAUUAUUUCUCCUAUUUGUGCCUCGGAUUUAAAGAAUUAACAUCAUUUUAGUUUUUCAAUCCUGAUGUUUUGUUUAUUACAAUAUUUGACACUGUGUAUAAUUAGUAACAUUUUUAUUGAGCCUUUUUAAACAGAAAGAUGGAAAAAGUGCUGUGAUACUUUUGAGAUAUGUUGAGGAUUUUGUAAUUGUGAGAAAGGGGAAAUUGUACCUGGUACCAUAUGAAAUGAACGCUUUGAUCCUGUGUGCCUUGUGUUUGCACUGACGAGGCUCACGUGCCUUAAAUGUGAAUGUAUUUGCAAUGUGAUUAAAUUAAAAAUAAAUCAGAAGCAUUUAAAUGAA